CCCCUCCAGCCCUCUUCCCAGACGUGUGGUUCUGCAGCUUCAGCUCCAGGGCUCAGACUCCAAAGGAUGCUGGUGUCUUCAGGCUUACAUUGGUUGCCGCCAGCCGAGCCCCUCGUAACCCUGGUAACAGCGCCCGCCCACAAAUCGCUGGGCUAUGAUUGGUCGUUGCCACAAAGUCCGAAAGCGAAUUCUUCAGGCCAUUGGCCCGAGUCACGGGAAGCUGGCGCCGCGGUUGGUGAGCCUAGAGGUCAGUCAGAGUCAGAGGCAGGGUCAAAUAGGGAGAAAUGGCGACCGAGCCAAGCUGUGGGCCCAUCUUUGGAUUAAGAUCUGGGGUCUACAGCCCAGCCUCAAGCCUUGACUUAGUUGGAGCUUUAGAGAGUGGGAGCCCUCUGUUUGGCAGCUGCACAGAGCAAGUAUUUUGACCUUGGCAUUGAGACAUUUCCCAUCUCCCCCAUGGCGCUGACAGUGCUGAAUGAGCUCCUGAUUGAGGACCCAAGCCCACCUCUGCUGUUCUACCAGGUUAACAAGACUGCCCAGUUAGAGACCCUCAACUAUCAGAGCUGCUUUAUGCAGAGGGUCUUUACCCAUUUUCCCGAGAUCUUAUUUAUCCACCGGACCUAUAACCCGAGGGGCGAGGUGUUAUACACCUUCCUGGUGGAUGGACCCCGGGUGCCGCUGGAGGGUCAUCUUUCCCGGGCAGUCUACUUCGCCAUUCUUGCCAAGGAGGAUGCCGAAGCCUUGGCCCAGAUGUGCCAGGUGUUCAAGAAGUUUAACCCAGCAUGGGAGAGAGUCUGUACCAUUCUCGUGGAUCCCUACUUCCUCCUGCUGCCCACCCUUGCUAUGGAGUUCCCCGCAGCUGAGGUCCUGCUCUCGGCCUUCCACAUCUGUAAGUUCCUCCAGGGCAAGUUCUGUCAACUGGCCCUGGAGCAGCCGGUGGAGAGGCUGCUCCUGACCGCCCUGCGGAGCACCAUGUGCUCAGCCACGGCCGGGAACCUGCAGAAGCUGUACACACUGCUGAGCACCUGCAUCCCACCGGCCCAGCUGCCCGCGCUCCACUCACACUGGCUGCUCAAUGACCGCAUCUGGUUGGCCCACCGCUGGAGGAGCCGAGCCGAGAGCAGCCGCUAUUUUCAGGGCCUGGAGGUCACCACUCGCCUCCUCAGCCAGUUCUUUGGAACCACCCCAGUGGUGGAAAAAGGCAUGAGCGCCCUGCUCCGGUACCUUCGGCAGAACUCGGGAGACAAGGUGAGUUUCAACCUGGGCCUGAGUCCCCCGAACCGUUACACCCCCUUGGAGGGCAGUCCCGAAAGCCCCAAAGUGGAGCAGUUGGUGGAAGCCCGCAUCCAGCAAUCACUUAAUGCCAUCUGCACGGGGCCGGCCGCCCAGCUCUGCCUGGGCGAGCUUGCUGUGGUCCAGAAAUCCAUGCACCUCAUUGGCUCGGGUUCCGAAAAGGUGAACAUACAGAUCCUGGAGGACACCCACAGGGUGCAGCCCCAGCCCCCGGCCAGCUGCAGCUGCUACUUCAACCAGGCCUUCCGCCUGCCCUGCCGCCACAUCCUGGCCAUGCUCAGCGCCCACCGCCAGGAGCUCCAGCCCGACAUGCUGCCUGCUGAGUGGACAGCAGGCUGUGCCCCCAAUCUCGGUGACAUCCUGGGCAGCAUGUGGAGCGAGACCCUGGAGAAGCGCUUGGCUGUAGCUCUCCUCACGGAGGAGGUGAGUCAGCUCCUGCUGCAUUGCAGCCAGGAGGAGUUUGAACGGCGGUACAGCACCCUGCGGGAGCUGGCCGACAGCUGGAUCGGCCCUUAUGAGCAGGUCCAACUCUGAUUACCUGUGGUGCUCAUCCUUCUGUAUCACUCACAUCCCCCUCCCACACCCUCCCCCCAACACUCACACUGCUGUCCUUCCUCGGACCCUCCUUCCAGAGAAGAAGCACGAGGGUCUUCUCUUCUGCAGCCUGCUACCCACAACGUGUCUAGAUUCCUAAAACAGGAGGCAGCAAAGCUGUCCCGUAAAGGGCCCGAUAGUCAGUAUCCUGGACUUUGCUGGGCGCUUACAGCCUGCUGUAUGUUCCUGGUUCUUUGUCUUUGCUGUGUGGGUUGUUUUUGUUGUUUUUUUCCCCCUAACAACCUUUUCAAAAAGUAAAACCCGUUCUUAGCUCAAGGGCCUUCACAGGUAAUACCUGCUCUAGGAUAAGAGAUAAGACAGUGAAGAUCAAGACUGGGACUUGGUAAGAGCUUCCACAGUCAUGAGGUGACACCCUACCCACAGAGGAGAAGGCCCCCCAGAGGCUGAGAGCCAGGCUGUCAGCCUCACCACCCGCCACGCCCCCCGAUCCUGAGGUCAUUAAAGUGAAUGCUGUCUGUUUUAGCACUUGUCCAGUUUUUUGUCUCGUAGAAGGAAGUUUAGGAGAUAACUGGGUUCGCCAAAAUGUUUGGGUUUUUCUGUAAGAUGUUAGGAAAAACCCGAACGACCUUUUUGGCCACCCCAAUACUAUAGAACGACCAGAUUUUAUAGUCUGACAUUACAUUGCAAACCCUGGUUUCUUCCCUGUCUGCUUUCUGAGGCCGGGUGCUGCCUUUUACUUGCUCUGGGACUUGAGGCAAGCCUCAAUUCAUUCACCUGUAAAAAUGGAGCUUUCCCGGAGCACUGGUAGGAUGAGAGGAGACUGGGCAUGUGAUGGGCUGACGCCCAGUGGGUGCUCAGAGUUAGUGUUAAUAAGAGUCAGUGUUCCUUCCUUGUCUGUGGUCUCAUCACCUGCCCUCAGCAGAGUGAGAAACAAAAGGCAGGAGAAAAGUGCACGUUGCCUAGGGCUUUGCGCAAGAAUUCUGAUGGGAGUACCAAAAUGGUACGAAAGAAGCUUCCACUCUCCAAGCAGGGCCGCCUACCUCGGUAAUUCUCAUUGUAACUACUCUGACCAAAGACCCAUCUCCCAGCUUAAUGGUUUCUGGGAACUUCCUGGGGUCUGGGCCCUGAAUGGGCCGGUGUUUGUCAGAGUGGCUCAGACCACCACCUUAUUCCAGUCCCUGCCAUAGGCACCACCACCCCUGCCUGCCCAAAAACCAUACGGAGAAGCCACCCUAU